AUGGAUGGAUUUUUGGUACGACCAGUUGGAGAAACGCAUCCGAGUGUUAAGAAGAUGAGUGGGAUCCCCUAUAGAGAGCUCCGAAUUAUAUCGAAUAUCACAGCUGGACAUGGCGUGGCUACUGUAGCUGAGCACUGCGACGCCACUUAUGUAACUACUGGAACUUUGGUAGAAAAUGCCGAUCUAGCAGUGGUGAAAAUUGAAGAUUGUGAUGUGAGUGGUGACACCGUAAUAGUCCCUGUCACCGGCGUUGUUGCUGGUCUCAAUCUGCGCAGUGUUGGUUCUGAUAUUAAAAAGGACGAACUCAUUGCACGCAGAGGAGCGGUUUUAACGCCGGCUUUGCUCGCUGCACUAGAGGGCGUGUCCGCGAUAGUUGAACUGCUACCUGUAGUGAAAAUUGCUAUCGUUUCUAGUGGAGACGAACUCGUCAAAAAAGAGGUACCAGACACGAAUGGUCCGAUGCUGCAGGGUCUACUAUGUGAGCGCUUUGGCAACGCAGUAGAAGUGAAUCGAUUACUCCCACUAGAAGACGAUUAUAAUGUUAUUAGAAAAGUGCUAUUAGAAGUGGCAGCGACGAACGAUGUGGUUAUUACUACUGGAGCUGUGAGUAAAGGUUCGAAAGACUACAUCAAGAAAAUUCUCGAAAAAGAUGGGAAAGUGCAUUUUGGUGAAGUAUGUUUGAAACCGGGAAAGCCUACUACGUUUGCUACACUACGUGAAACGCCAUUUUUUGGUCUCCCUGGCAACCCCGCGAGCGCUUAUGUCACUUUCUUCGUUUUCGUUGAGCCCUUCUUGAGAGCGUUGUUAACUGCUGAUGGAAAAAUGGAAAAUUUUCAACAAUUUUACGCGACUGUGGCGGAAAAUAUGCAACAGACGGAUCCAAUGCGCCCCGAGUACGUGCGUGUCACCGCAAGUGUCACCCCGAGCGGUCAGAUUGUCGCUAGUGGUACUACAGGUGGAGACACGCAACGUAGUAGCAGACUGCUGAGCUGCGUGGGAGUGAACGCUUUGGUUAAACUGCCCGCUGGUGGUGAACUCGUUCAUAAGGGGGCGCGGGUGCCGUGUGUGCUAACUGGUAGAGCUGAACUCGGUAAUGGGGGAGAGGACGAAGUUGACGAUGAUGUUAAAGCUGAAGCCUUUGCUUUUCGGAGGCUCGUGAGUUGGCUCCAGACAAGGACAGAUGUGCAGAAUAUUGACCUCAUGAAUUUGGCGGGGUUCUGUCGCAACUGCCUUUCCAAGUGGUACGCUGAGGGUCGAGGAGUAGAUGUAGAUGAGGCUAAGGAACGCGUAUAUGGUGAGGAAAGCAAUUACAUAUAUUCCUACUCCAACACUGCUCAGGUAGUAGUAGUUCCUGAUGAAAUCCUAUCUAUUCAAAGUGCCAUAACGGACCUUCGCGUUCACCAUGGAUGUAAUCUGGUUAUCACCACUGGUGGGACGGGCUUUGCCCCGAGGGAUGUCACUCCGGAGGCUGUAGUCUCAAUGAUCGAAAAAAGAGCUACUGGAAUCGAACAUAUGUUGUUACGAUGUUGCCGAGACCGAUCGAAGAGUGGUAAGUUUGUCUACCUGUCUCGUCCGGUUGCUGGAGUCCUCAAGGGUGACACGGCGUGUCUUGUGGUGACACUGCCGGGGAGCCGACGAGCAGUGGAGGAAAUUCUCGGUGAUAGUGAAGUCGUUGACGUAUUAAUGGAGGCUGCUAGGAUUGCGGUUUGGAAAAAAAGGAGUUUCUACGAUUACAAUUCUGGGUGA